UAAAACGUGUACAUCAACAAGCCACGGGGUUUUGGAAAGUUUUCUCUUCUCUCUUCAACAUCGGGCUUACGCUACGAUAAAAAGAACCACAAGGCCGCGUUUGGCGUCACACAACAACGAUGGGUCAGGCAUUUCGUCGAGCAUCUGGAAGAAUCCGAGCAGCGUCCGAAGCUGACACGUCAUCCUUCUCCAAGCCCAAGAACGCCGUCGAUCGCCGACCUCCGCCCAAUGCUGCCGCCGACAAAGCGGCGCAGAUCCCGAAAGCCGCUGAACAUGACGUACUUCACGCCAAUGAUAGUCCUAGAGUUAAUACGGACAACAUUCUGGAAGAAAGAGAUCCCAAAUUUGAUGCUAUGCUUGGUCAAAUGAUUGGUAGAAUUACAUCAAAACCUGAGAUGGGUGAGGCCUUCGUGGUUGAUAAGUAUAAUAGGCCGAUGCCCAAAUUGCGAAACACAAAACCAGAUUCUGGCCGUUAUGAUGAAAGGCCAGUUCCUGCUGGCACUUUGAAUGUAGCACAGUUGCGCCAUGUCAUCCUUUUGCAUGAAGGAAAAGCUGAUGAUUACAAUGGGCGUAUGGAUGCUCACCAGAUUGCUGAAAAAUUCCGGGUCGAUGUGGUUCAGAUUCAGAGGAUCUUGCAAUUCUUAUCGCAACCUCCUGAAGGUAGCAGUAAAGACAAGAACAAAGCACCAAGAUAAAUAGCUACACUGGCAUUGCUAACUGGUUCUUGUCUGAUAAAAGGCUGUUCUAAAUGGAUUUAAAGUGUAGAAUUUCGCCCAUUGAAAAUGUAGUUCAACAGAAAGGAGAAUGCCAAAUACUAAAGGUCUUCAUUGACUUGUAAUGAACUAUAUUAGCAAGUGCUUGUGCAACCCAAAUAUUUAGUUUUAAGGAAAUCGUGAUAUCGACAAUUGAAUUUGUACUUGUGACGGAAAUUAACCCUGGAGAAAGUGAGUUUCAAUAAGGGUUUUGAAACCCUACUACAGCUGAGUUUUUGUUCUUUUUUAAGUGCUUCACAGCAGUUAAUAAAACAUGAGCGAAUUGAGUUUUGGCCUUGCAA